AGUAAGAGGAAGCCGGUGUCAGCGCGGGUUGGACGAGGACUGAGGCACCGCAUGUAGACUUGAGAGCCUGACAGGGAAGUAGAAGGCUGAGCGGUCUGUUCCAAGUUGGGUGUGUGUGGUACAUCGCCGUGCCUCAUCUAGUCUUCCCUCCCGCCGCUGCUGCCUUAACGUGGAGCCAUGGCCAAUGACAACCUCUCCGCUGUGCUCUAUGCUAAGAAUGAUCUAAGGAUGGAAAACCGUCCGAUCCCAGAGCCUGGUCCUAAUGAGGUUCUUCUCCGCAUGAGUUGUGUUGGGAUCUGUGGAUCUGAUGUCUCAUAUCUGAAGAGGGGAGCUAUUGGUGACUUUGUUGUCAAGGCACCAAUGGUUUUGGGUCAUGAAUCAUCUGGAGUAGUUGCCAAAUGUGGCAGUAAUGUGAAGCAUCUGAAACCAGGUGACCGGGUUGCCAUUGAGCCAGGUGUGCCAUGUAGGAUGUGUGACUUCUGCAAGAGUGGGAGGUACAAUCUGUGUCCUGAUGUAGUCUUCUGUGCCACCCCGCCUCAUGAUGGGAGCCUGUGUCGCUAUUACAAACAAGCUGCUGACUUUUGCUUCAAAUUACCUGAUCAUGUCUCAUUAGAGGAGGGAGCCAUCCUUGAACCAUUAAGUGUUGGGGUUCAUGCUUGCCGCCGAGCUGGAGUUACCAUGGGCUGCAGUGUGUUGGUUUUAGGAGCAGGACCAAUUGGUUUGGUCAGCUUGCUGACUGCCAAAGCAAUGGGAGCAUCUCGGGUUUGUGUUACAGAUAUUGCUGAGAAUCGGUUGCAAGUUGCUAAAAGCAUGGGAGCAGAUCACACAGUCUUGGUGAAAGGUGGUGACCCAGAGGCACUGGCUGGGGAAAUAAAGCAGCUGAUGGGAGACAUGCCAGACGUCACUAUUGAAUGUAGUGGAGCUGAAUCAAGCAUUCACUUGGGAAUUGUGGCUACAAAAUCUGGAGGAGUGUUGGUGUUGGUUGGGCUUGGACCAAGUGAAGUGAAGGUUCCCAUUGUCAAUGCUGCAACGAGAGAAGUUGACAUUCGUGGCAUAUUCCGCUAUGUUAAUUGUUAUCCACUUGCCUUAGACAUGAUUGCAUCUGGAAAGAUUAACGUGAAGCCUCUCAUCACACACCGCUUCAAGCUGGAAGAGUCCAUCAAGGCAUUUGAGACUGCUGCCACUGGUGCUGGAGGAGCCAUCAAGGUCAUGAUUUCAUGUGAAUAACACUGAAUUGGAUCCUCAUGACUUGUCUGCAUUCAGAUGAACCCAUGAUAAUCUGAAAAAGUGGCAUUUGUGUAAAUAUUUUGUGUAUAGAUUUUGAUAAAAAAUGUCUGGCUUAAAAAUAAAACCUGUCAUUUACAUAAAACAGCCAUAUUUGUUUGUGUUGAUAUAGUUUUAACCAGCCUGAAGUGAUUUAAUAUCAGAAAAAAUUUCUGGGAAAGAUGUGGGGGAUGGAGGAGGAUUACAGCUUCAUAUUCAUGGAGUCGAGGAGAUAAACCUGAAAAAAGACCCAAUCAGUUAUCAGUCUCCUUAAGGGGGACGUUGCCAAUUUUACUCGUGUGGAGCAUAAGAAUAUGAUCUACUGCAUUGGUUAGCUUAUGGACAAGUUCCUUAUAUAAUGAAAUUAAUCUAUGUUGUGCCUGAGUAAAUUAUGCAAAUAACUUUUAGAGCAAUGAAUAUUUAUGCAAAUUUUAUGUACUACUUUUGUUUCCUUUCUCUGUUUUGUUCUCUGUGUUUUCUGAAAGAGUACCUAUUGUAGAACUAUUUCUAAUGAAUAAUAUUUUCUUAAGUACUCUCCAUCUUAGUGUAAAUAUUAUUCAUUUACAAGUUCUUUGACAACCCACUGAUUUAGAGAGAGAAAAAAAUAAUUAAAAAAUAUUUGAAA